AUGAACCCCAACAUGAACAUCACUGCCCAACAGAACCGCCUGGACCCAGACAGUAAGCAGGUCUAUGGACACACCUGCUUCAUGGGGCUGGAUGGAGUGGCUGCAGCUCUGGACAAAGUGGAAGCCAGUCAGUACCAGUGCCUGUAGCACUCCCAGUGUCAAUAUCAUAUUACUGAUAUUAGUAUUAGUACUAGUGGCAGUAUCCAUACACUGGCAACACCCACCCACACUACUGUCAAUAUCAGGACCAACAAACACUUCUAGCUGUAUUGACACCAAUAACAUCACUAGUACCACAACAAAUAGCUAAUAGUCUCAUCAGCAUCAGUAAUAAACACCAAUAGAGGCAUUUUAUUAUCCUUUAUUUGUGUAGUAAUAGCUGUGGUAAUAGCACAGUGUAGUUAUCAGCCUCAGACAGUCCAUUAGCAGCUGCCUGUCUGGUGGUGUUAGCUAGACUAUCCUCAUUCCCCAGUGUGACUGUGACUCUGAGGUCAUUAUGUAACUGAUCUUGUAGAUAGCUACUGGCUCAGAAGGAUUGUGGGAUGCAUGGGGUUCAUGGCGUGGCCAUGGUUCAUGGCGUCCUCUAUAUGCAUGGUUGGGGAGUAACAUAAUACAUGUAAAGCAAUGUUUUAAGUAAACCAACAUGUCUAUAUGAUCUGGCACUUUAAGAUUUUCCUAUUGUAUUCAGAUUUGGGUGCUAUUGCUGUCUGUGUGUGUGGACUACAGUAGUGUACCUGGAUGGCCACUGUGUGCCACACGAGAGGCCCAUGCUGGAGAGGGGUACCCUGGGUAGUAAGGGCCAUACUCCAGUGGUGGUUCCCCACUUUACUGAGUCCUACGGACCGGCCAAGACAGGCUCCGAGAACACCGUCCCACUGUGUACCCUGAAGAACUUCCCACACCGCAUAGAGCACACCCUGCAG